CGUAUACACGUACAAAAACAGCAAGUGCCAAUCGUUGCCGCGCAUGCGCAGCUUCAUUAACAUUCUAAUCGCCUUCGCGAGCUUCGAAAAUGGCAGGAAAGAAGAAACCGACGAAAUCUCGUAAAAAGGGGAAAAGUAAGGGGCCAAUGUCCCACAUAGGGUCAGCUCUCUUACCGAGGGCGAUGUUCGCCGCAGUUCCCCGGUCGCCAGAGCCUCCGGCCGAGCCUCCAGAAGAGCGCCCUCCGUCGGCCCUGUCCUCCGCCCUCCUAAAUGCCUCCUUGGUGGGCCGCAUCAUAGCCACCCGUACCCCUCCCCCUCCAGACAGCGGUACCUUAAGGAGCACUGGGGAGGGUGUGUCUACGUGGCCUAGGAUGGCUCAUCAUCAUCAGGAUGCAGGCAAUGCCAGUAUGGAGAACAGUAUGGCCCGGAGUAGCAUGUAUGACUAUGAUGAGAGUGAUGAGGAGGAUGGGGAGGAACAAGACUACGAUGAAGCAGGGUAUUCAACGAUACCCCUUGCCCAAGCUGUACGUCAGAAACGCAACACCAUCAGUAACCGCGCUAAGCUAGUCACGCCCGUCCACAGCCAGUCAGAUUCCAUGCUGAGUAGCGACGAUGAUGAGGACAAUGAUGCUGGAAACGAAGGCAUCCGCCCCCAAGACCAUGCCCCUCUCACAAAGAGUGGCCAAGAACAGGAGAGGUUUUACCACAUAUUGGAGAAGGACGAGGGGGUGGGGCAUGAGGGUGUUGAUGGUAGGCGGCCCUCAUCAACAGAUGAGAAUGUGAAGAGAUCCAAGGAAAGACGUCGAAAAGACGGGAGGACAGCUCCGGACAGCCGUGUCGAAGACUUGUAUGCUAAGAGCAGGAAGCACAAAAAACAACCAGUGCAGCGGCAGUCAGCUGACCUAUCAGAGAGCAGCAGCCUCACCAUGGUAACCAGCCCCCAGGAAGACGACUUUUCGGAUCUGAUCACCCCGCCUCCACCCUGGAAACGGAAGGGCAAGAAAAAGAACAAAAAGAAAGGUGCUGGAGUCAGCCCUGACAGGUUGACGGAGGAGGAUGCCAGAAGUGAGAGGAGUCAGCGACUGGGCCCGGAAGAUGACGUGGAUAGUGAACACGUUCAUGAACCGAUUGUUGAGAGGAUUGAGGCAAGUAGUGUCAGUGCCAUGCAGCAGUCACAACCUCCUGUCCCAGCUCCAAGAAGUGCCUCACGCCAAAGCCAAGAUGAAUCUGAGACCUACUCGCAUAUCCAGCGCCAGCCGAGCGUGGCCACGCUCCAGAGCCAUGCAGCCCAGGAGGAGGAGUACUUGAGGAGGACCAACUCCCGUCUGGAGCGGGAGCUGGAGAUGGUCCAGAGGGAGCGGGAACAGCUCCUGGAAGGGCUCAAGAGCAUGUCCCCACCCCCGCACCAGCCUCGGAGGCAGUUGGAGGAUGAGGGGGACUCUGAACGGUUAAGGAUGGGAAUACAGAGGCUGACAUCCAUCAAUGAUGACACGCAGAGGCAACUGGAUGAAAUGCAUCAGCACUGUGACAAGUUGCGGCUGGAGAACGAGGCUAUCAAAGAGGUCAACGACCGGCUGCACACAGAGAACACCAAACUGAGGGACUUGUCGGAGUCCAUUAAAAAUGAGGACCAUUCACAGCAAGUGUUGAUGAGACAACAAGCUGAGGAGGUAUUAGGGGAAAAUGAACAACUGAAGAUGGUCAUCCACAAACUCAACAUUCAACUGAGCAGGUACCAGGCCAAGCACUCCCCUCCACAGAAGAGUGACCCGCCUGGCUUGCCAUCCCGAGGUAGAACUCCCCGCUGGCUGACAGACACCAAACACCUGUCUCCUCUCAUCAUGGCGUAUGAGGAUGCACUCAAAGACAAGGACGAGAUGAUUAAGUUAGCCCAGGAGGACUUGAGCCGGCUGCGCAAGUCAGCAGAAGAGGUCAUCCAUGAGAACCAAAGAUUGCACCUGAAGCUGGAGCAGGUGGGACAGCCUACCUCCGUCACUCCAACGGAAUGGCAUCGUAUUCAGGAGCAUGCUCGUCUGGUGCUUGAGGAGAACCAAGUAGUGCUGAGCCAGCUGGACAUCCUACAGCGCAAGCAGAAGGACAUGCAGAGGGCACACUCACUCGAAGUCUCCAAAAUGAGCAAGCGACUUGCCAUUGAGGAAUCGGAAAAGGAUGACCUGGAAGCCCAGCUGACGGACCUCAAGCACCGAUAUAGCGCCCUCAAGCAGCAGCACGACCGGUCCGUGGUGGACGCCGAGACCAAGAUGCCCAUCCAGGAGCAUAUGAGCACGCUGGCCGAGUACAAAAGAGGACUUGAAGAGGAACAGCGAAGUCACCAGGCCGAGAUGGAGAAUGUAUUCUCCAAGCUGUCCUCAACCCAGGGGGAGAAAAAGACCCUGGCGCUGAGAGUGGCCGACAGUGAGGCAGAGCGGAGUCAAAUGCAAGGAGAAAUCAAGGCACUUGGCAGGGUUCAGAAAAAACUCCAGCACAAGAUUGCCCUGCUCCAGAAGGAACUCGAACACAGUGAGAACAAGCUAGCUCUGUCCAACCAACACCUGAACAAGGUGCUGGAGAUAGCAGAACAGACGGCCGCAGAGCGAGACGCCCUGACAAAAGUGGCAAAAAGUCAAGAACAAGAGAAGAAGAAAGCUGUGAACAAAAUGAUAGAAGGGAACGUUACCAUUGGCAGGCUGGAGGAAAAAUUAAAGUCCUACCGGCAGAAAGCCGACGUGAAGUUGGGAAACCUGUCAAGCCGCAUAGAGGCCCAGGAUAGCUCCCAUAUCAGCCAGCUUAGGGAGUACGAACGGGAAAUGGCCCACCUGAAGACAUUACUUCAACAGAAGCAAGACUCACUGGACAUCCUAGCUUCUGAAAAAAGGAAAGUUGAGGAACAACUGGAGACUGUCUGGCAGACGGCCAGCGCCGACAAUCGCCGGAUGAAAGCCAAGCUGAAGAAGUCACUGAGGGAGCCCCACUUGCAGAAUGGUGCCCUCAACGGUGGUGCAUUUGAGUACGAGUCGGACAACAGAGGCCUGAUCUCAUCUGAGAGCGACUAGGAUACUAUUGUUCAAUAGAGGGAGACAAACACUAUGGUCGAUGGGCUGUCCCUGGCCAACCUAUGCAUGGAUGGACAAUAUCAGGCCUUACAGGUUUAGAGUUGCAAUCACAUCCACAAAAUCAUCACCAAAGGUUUCAGUGGAAUCUAAUGCGAUACUUCUUUGCAAUAAUGGCUGGCUAUUCAGAUUUCUGUUUUCCCAUUUCUUUUCAUUUUUCCUAUUUACUUUUUCAUCUGGUGAAGAAUUAGUUGUUUUUUUUAAAGGAUAUUAAGAAAGAGCAUUGAUUUAACCUGGACCUUUACAUCGGGGAAAUGUAAGAUUUCGUUAUUUUUCCCUUUACCAGCGUAAUUCAUAUUCGUCUUUUCUGAUAUAAACAUUAGAAAAGAUUGAAGUGCUUAUAUAAAUGAUGGAUAAAAGAGCAAAAGAAAAAAAAUCCAAACAAACACAAAUUGCAUUGUGCCUUAUUUCAUCAGAAUUUUGUACACCAAAGGUUACAUAAAGUGUGUGUGAAAAAAACUAACGUUAUAAUUAGCAGGCAUGUGGGUGAAUGAGUGUUCAUACCGAAUACUUGAAGUUUCUUGAGCCUCGCUUCGUUAUAAUUCUGAAGAGAACUUGAGCACUGCAAAAACUUUGAAAGCCAGUCUUUCAUUUUGUGUUUUUGAUUGGUCAGAAUACCCACACGGAAUAUUUUUGUAGUGGAUCCAACAUUCUAGAGGCUUUUCUAACUGGAAAAAUGAACUACAUUUCAAUUGCACAUUGAUGAAUGCCAAAAUGUUUUUUUUAACAAGAGAAAUUUAUUCUUACAUAAGACUCUAAAAGUGCUGUAGACUUUGUAUUCACAAUAGUCACUUGUUUCAAACAGUACUACUACCUUUUGUAAAUAACUAAAUUAUUUUAAUGAUUAUUAGACUUUCCUUUUGCAGUACAGUGUACAAAUGUUUUAAGAAUAUUGUGUGCAAAUUAGAACCAAUGAAAUAAAAUAAAUGUAUUUCACAUUUGUAGAAA